AUGGCUCCAAAACCGAACCCACAGGAUAAACACAUCCCUGUAGAUACCCAGCCGCCCACAUCCGCGGAUGAACUCAAGAAUGCGCUUGCCUUGCAGAACAAAAAAUAUGCGCAACUCCAAGAAUAUGCUGUCACCAUCACCAAGAAAUUUGAGGACGAGAAGGAAUCUAUGGCUAAGACCAUCCAGAUGCUGGAGCGGGAGAUUCGAAAAAAGGUCAGAGAGAUAGAGGGUCUGCGCUGGCUCGUCAUACACAAUGGAGGUGCAGACGAUAUUGAUGCGGCAGCUAACCUAGCACGAGCCUCCUUGAUUACGCUGGAUGAUGGGGAUCGAUCUGACGCUGCGCGGGCCGUGGACCCAACACGCGGUGAGGCUUUAUCCAAGAGCACACGAUCGCCAACAACAAAUGCAUCUGUUGCUGACGCAGAGCCAGGGAUAGCUGGCUCCUCCCUGCGCUCUGCGAGAGGACUCUGUCUUGAUUAUCUUGAUCAGCCUAGCCCGUCUGGGGCGUCCCUGGAGCCACCUUCACCAGAAUUCGGUACCGCUGCCUCUGCCUCAUCUUCGCGCUCCUCUCUGUCUCUUCCGGUGCUGACUCCGUCGACAACCUCGUCUUUGUCAGCCAUCCCGGAACUUCCUUCAGGGAAGGUAGACAUCAGCCGAGUAGAACGUCAAAAGGCGAAGGAAGAACGGCGCGCUUCUCGGGCCUUACGUCGGAUCUCAUCGUCAUCGGUGUCAUCAACGAUAUCCGGAGUGCUUAUGGCACAUCCUCCUUUGCCGAUCGAUCACACGCUCGACUCCCCGCCCAGCAUGGAAAACGUACUGGAAAAGCUGCGUCCGUUUCGAAAUACUUGA